UCCCUGUUUAUCCAUUAAAGGAGCUCCACUCUGAAGGAGGUGAGACAGAAAGAAAAAGUUUCAGAGAGAUUUACCAAGAUGGACCAAGAUUCUGUCAAAUUUUAAGAACAAAUGUACCUUAUAGCUCAUGGAAGAAAAAACACAAAUCAAGACAUAUUUGGGUUCCAAGUUGCCAAAGUAUGGAACAAAAUCUGUGAGAAGUACACUGCAGCCAAUGCCAAGUGGGACACCUGUUAAUUUAUUGGGAACUUCCAAAACUAGCAGCAUCAAAAGUUACAUCAAAAAUAAUGGCUCUGAUUGUCCAUCAUCCCAUUCAUUUAAUUGGAGAACAACAGCUAAGUACCAACUUGGUGCACCAAGUGCUGAGGAACCUAAUGGUACUCAAAGUUCACAUGAUAAAGUAAUUGAUCCUGAAAAACAUGCACCUGCUCAAGGAAUGUUUGCUAAAAAUGGGAUAAAGGGAGAUUUGAAGAGUGUUUCUUUUACAUCAAACUUAGCGAAGCCGUCCACUAUGUUUGUGUCAUCUACAGAGGAAUUAAAACAAAAGUCUUUGUCUGGACCAUCCGAUUUGGGUAAAUUCACCAAAGGCACGAUAUUAGGAAGGACUUCAUAUUCUCUAGUCAGUGCUCCAACAUCGCAGUUGAGUGGGUUCUAUGUGAAUCGAUCAGCUGGUAGCAUAAAGAGGCCUAGAGCAAACUCCUGUGCUACCAGAAGCAGUUCUGGAGAAAGCUUAGCACACACCCUAGAUAAUAUGAAAUCUCUUACUUGUGAAAAAAUGGUAAGGUCACAGAGUUUUUCACAUUCCAUUCAGAAUUCAUUCUUUUCACCUUCAUCUAUAACCAGAUCGCAUUCCUUCAGUAGAGCUGCAGAUCUUAAGCCUUAUCAGAACCAACAUCUACCCAUUAGAAUGCCUCUGAGGGCAAGUAUGCUAACAAGAAAUUCCCAGCAGUCUGACGUGCUCAAUGGGCAUGAACAUUUAGGGUAUGGAUUUAAUAGGCCUUAUGCUGCUGGUGGAAAGAAGUUGGCUUUAUCAAAUGGCCCAGGUGUCACUUCCACUUUGGGUUAUAGGAUGGUUCAUCCCUCUCUACUGAAAUCUAGCCGAUCUCCAUUUUCUGGGACUAUCACAGUUGAUGGUAAUAAAAAUUCACCUGCUGGCACAUGUGCAGGGGAAGAUACUGGACUUUUGGCUAAGGACAGAGCUACAAACAAGGACCAAGGACUAAUUGAAAAUAGUGAUAGAACAGAAAAUGGCCAGACCAUGAAGCAUGAUGCUAAAAUUAGAUACCUGAGUGAUGAUGUGGAUGACAUUUCCUUAUCUUCUUUGUCAUCUUCUGAUAAGAAUGAUUUAAGUGAAGACUUUAGUGAUGAUUUUAUAGACAUAGAAGACUCCAACAGAACUAGAAUAACUCCAGAGGAAAUUUCUCUCAAAGAAGAAAAGCAUGAGCAUAUACCAACAAAGGAUAUAUCUGAUUCCCCCAAGGAAAAUGAAAAAUGCUUCAGUAAAACUGAUGAGUGGAUAGAUAUAAGUGUCUCUGACAGGAGUGAAUGUACAAAACAUACUUCUGGGAGUAACUUGAUUUCACCAGAUACAGAUUACAGAGCUGGUUCUUCCUUUGAACUCUCUCCAUCUGAUAGCUCUGAUGGAACAUACAUGUGGGAUGAAGAGGGCUUGGAGCCCAUUGGAAAUGUCCACCCAGUUGGGAGCUAUGAGUCCUCUGAAAUGAACAGCAUAGAUAUUCUGAAUAAUCUUGAAUCAUGUGAUCUGGAGGAUGAUGACCUUAUGCUUGAUGUGGAUCUGCCUGAGGAUGCAUCUGUUGAAAAUGUGGAGUGUGACAAUAUGAAUCGCUUUGAUCGAUCAGACAGAAAUGUUCGGCAGUCUCAGGAAGGAUUUUGGAAAAGGUCACCCCAGAGGUGGAGUGGACAGGAACAUUACCCCCUCAGUCAUCCUGACCGCUAUCAUCACCAUGGAAAAAGUGACUUGAGCAGAGGCUCUCCCUACAGAGAAUCUCCUUUGGGUCAUUUUGAAAGCUAUGGAGGGACCCCCUUUUUCCAGGCUCAGAGAAUGUUUGUAGAUGUACCUGAAAAUACAGUGAUACUGGAUGAGAUGACCCUCCGGCACAUGGUCCAGGAUUGUACUGCUGUAAAAACUCAGUUACUCAAACUGAAACGUCUGCUGCAUCAGCAUGAUGGGAGUGGAUCAUUGCAUGAUAUCCAGCUAUCAUUGCCAUCUAGUCCAGAACCAGAAGAUGGCGAUCAAAUAUACAAGAAUGAAGAUUUAUUAAAUGAAAUAAAACAACUUAAAGAGGAAAUAAAGAAAAAAGAUGAAAAAAUCCAACUAUUAGAACAUCAGCUUGCAACUCAGUGUAACUGCCACCAAAAAUCUAAAGAGGAAAAAUGCACAUAUGCCGAUAAAUAUACCCAAACAUCCUGGAGAAGAAUUCCUCCUCAAGUACUACAGCCUUCCAGCAGCCUUGCCAGACCCACAGACCACGCCCAGGGAAAACUAACAAAAUGGCAGCAUAGCGAGGACCACAGCGAGCUCGCGGGCCAGGGCGCCCAUCCAGGGGCCGCAUGCCAGGAUGACAGCUUUGCACAUGACUUGCAGCAAGAAGGCAGCGGUAGCCUGGAAGGCCGGCCUUUCUCCUCAAGCCCGCAGCUCACUGAGGAGGUGGCUAAGAGUGCGCCUUCGGCAGCAGGCUGGGACAUGACCGUGGAUGCUCCAGAGCCUUAUCAUUUGGCAAAUAAUCCAAUGAAUGACAUGCAGGUGGUACCCACUUCUUCUCAAACACUUACCCAAUCGAGUUCAGGAGACCAGGCUAAGAGAGUUGGAAGAAACCAGUCUUUACCAGAGGACGACACGUCUCAGCCCAAAUCCUUGCAGCUUUUGAAGCCAUCCAUCUUGAGUUCUUUGGUACCUCCUUCAGUUUCUGAAUCAUCUCCAAGUAGGACUCCCACCUGUAAGAACUUACCAGUAAUGGCACCAUGUAAUUCAGCAAAAAUUCAGCUAACGUCUAGUCAAACAAAUCUUGCAAAUAAUCUAAAUCCACGAGCAUCUAAGCUCCGCCCUCCUUCUGGCUCUUUUAAACAAAAACAAAUAAUCAACCCCCGACCAGAGCCUCAAAACUUCCAGGCCAAGACAAGUAUCCCAAGGCCAUUAACAAAGAGAAAAGAGAUCAUGCAGAACCCAAAUGGCAAUUUGAAUUCUGGGGAUGGUUUGUCGUCUAAUCGGUAUUCUCGUCUUCCUAAACCAAAGAUACACUAAGUACAUAGUCAUCACCUGCCAAUUUGUCUUUUUUUAAAAAAAUCUGUAAUAGCUUUACAUGCAGUUUGCUGCCAUGGUGGAGGUUCCAUUAAAAGCUUGCGAAUCUUAAAACAUUAAAAUGUGGAAGCUUC